AUUAGUAACCUGCGUAAAGAGCACGUUGCUUGAAAGGAAAUGGAACGAACCAGCACCGAAUAGAGCGAGUAGUGGAAAAGUAGAAAUCUGAUUCUAACUAUUUAGGGUUCUGACUUCCAAACUCUCUUGCAUCAUUAUUGUGUACUACUAUAUCCAAACAACAUCCGAUUCAGAAAUUCGAUUCCACGAGACUCUUGAAAUCUCUUCUUAGUAAUUCAUAAACCAAUUAGAAGAAAAAAAAUAACAAUCAAGAAAAUAUUGAAAACUAAAAAAUGGUGACGGCGACCAAGGAAAUGGUUGUUUACUGUUUUGACACUCUCGUUGCUCACUACACUGGCGAAGAAGUUCUUCCUCCUUCCUUCGAGGAUGGUCAACACCCAUUGUUUGUUACUUGGAAGAAAGUGGUAAAUGGUGGAGAGCCUCGUCUUCGCGGAUGCAUUGGUUCUCUACAAGCACGUGGCUUGAUCAAUGGCUUCAGAGAUUAUGCACUGACUAGCGCUCUCAGGGACCGCAGGUUUCCACCGAUACAGGCUAAAGAGCUUCCUUCUUUGGAGUGUACAGUCUCUAUUCUUACUGACUAUGAAACUGCUAAUGAUUACCUUGAUUGGGAGGUAGGAAAACAUGGUAUAAUUAUUGAAUUUUCUGAUCCUGACUAUAACACCAGGCGAAGUGCCACAUACCUGCCUGAAGUGGCUGCCCAGGAAGGUUGGACUCAAAUAGAAGCUAUUGAUUCUUUGAUACGUAAAGCAGGCUGCAAUAGUACAAUCACGGAGUCACUCAGGAAGGGAAUACACCUAACCAGAUACCAAAGUACCUUAUUUACUAUGCACUAUGGUGAAUAUGUUUCAUAUGUGAAACAGACAAGAAGUGCAGCCCCAUCCAUCGUUGGAGCUAAGUAACCUAGCUAGUCAUUUUUCCAGACAUUUUCUAAUAUGCUUGCAUAGCUUUGACAGUAAAAGAAGGAAUACAAUGGUGCAAAUUUGUUUUCUUAGCUCUUUACAGUCUUCAAAUUCAUUUGAUUAUGAAGAAAUUGGUCAACAUACUUGUAUUAAUCAAUUCAGUAGCUUGGGAAAGCUGCAGCAUUGUUGAACCGUUUGAUGUCAGUCUUGUUUAAAAUUGGAAUUUUUAUUCUGUCUCCCUUGAGAUGUUUCAUGUUCAUAAUUGAUAUCUGGAAUUUUAAUUUC